AUGGUCGACGCCGAGAUUCACGUCGAUGUCCCACCUCAGCAGCCGCAGCAGCCACAACAGGCUGAGCAGCCCGGAACAACAUCCCCGACCGCCGCGGCUGCUGUCGAGGAGGCGACGGCAGCUGCUCAGCUCGUGACCACACCGCCACCAGCGACGAACCCGACACCAGCUAAGACAUCGGAUGCUCCCGACGACCAGCAGGAGCAAGCAGGAACCAACAUCGUGCCAGAUGCAUCGGCUUCAGCAGCAGCUCCCGCCGAUGUGGACCAGCCAAAGCCAAACACUGCCCAGCCUCUGAUCGAGGACCCGAAGGAAUCCGAGCAGCGACCUCAGGAAGGCGCCGAGGCCAUUCCGACAGCAUCCUCUCACCCCGCUGCUGCGCAGCCGACAGACAGCGAAGACACUGCGCCUGCAAAGACCUCUGCUGAGAUCGACCCCGACGAUGCGGCAGUAUCGGCGAGGGCCCAGGCCGACACGACCGAACCUGCCGAUGCAGCAGCUACGCCAACUCGAGCUGUCCCAGCUUCUGCUCAGGAUGAGACCAACAACGCUGAUCAGCGAGUCGAAGCGCAGCAGCCGGAAGGUGCGAGCGCGCAACCCUCGGCUGAGGUGAUCGACGCUCCAGGGGGUGACUCCGACGUGGUCACUACUGCGGCCGAUGCCACCCCUGGUCUCACAGCUCCUGAAUCUCCCAAUCACCACUCUUCGCCGCGCACGGAAGCGGAGGUCGAUGCCGGACCAUCGUCGCCGCGGCCUCAUGCUUCCGAUUCUAGCAGGCACACGACACCCGCCACAUCGAUGGGCGAGACCUCGGAUGAGAAAGAGCGUACAGAUGAUCACGCGACGCCGAGACAGAAGCACGCAGAGGUGCCCGCACCCCGGAAAGGCGACGACGGCCUGCCUCUCGCCGCGAGCACUGCGCCCACUGUGCAAGCCGCGCCUCCCUCCCAGCAGCAGCAGUCGGCACAAGGCAACGAUCAGCAGCAGCCGGCUUCGACGACUGCAGUGACACCUCCGCCUACCGCUGACGAUGCCGCCAUCUCGACGCCACCGGCGCAGGAGCAGCAGGAGCAGCCGGAGCAGCCUCCGGCCGCCCCGGCUGAGCCCAUCGAGCCGAUCCUGCCCGCCUACAUUUACCCGAUGGACCCUUCGGUGUCGGCGAUCACCCGGGGCAACCUCUCCCAAGACGGGGUGCCCGUCUUUGAGCCUACCAUGGAGCAGUUCCAGGACUUCUACUCCUUCUGCCAGGCCAUCGACGAGUGGGGCAUGCGCUGUGGCAUCGUCAAAAUCGUGCCGCCCAAGGAGUGGAGGGACGCGCUGCCCUCGCUCAUGCCGUCCGCCGAGGCCAAGGCCGAGGCCGAGGAGCAGGGCGAGGAGAUCGUCGACGUCUCGAGGGUGCGUAUCCGCAACGCUAUCCUGCAGCACUUUUCCCCCGCAGGGUCUGGGGUGUGGCGGCAGACGAAUGUCACCCGGACGGUCAAAGUAUGGAACGCCAAGCAAUGGGCAGACACCUGCAUCUCGCCCGGGCAGAAGGGACCGGAGAUGGACCGGAUGAAGUGGAAGGUCGAGGUCGACGGGGUCACCAACGGCGGCUGGGGGCAUCGAAAGCUCAAGGAGGGCGAGCGCGACCCGCACGCCGCCAUCCUCGAGGAAGAGGGCGUCCGGACGCGCAGCGGCAAGGCGCGGCCCAGUCUGGCCACCUCCAAUGGCGCUUCCGGCGCCGCGGGCUCCACCGAGACCAGGGCCGGCACCAAGCGGAAGCGCGCGCAGGGCAAGAGCCCAGCGGCCGUCGCCGCCGCCAUCGGCGAUCCGUUGAGCAAGGAAGAAGCACGGACCUCGACGCCUGCUCCGAACGGCGAUGCUCGCUCCGUCGCGACCGACGAGGGCAUCCGCACGCCCAAGCGGGAGGAAGGGAUGCGGGAGCGCGACGAUGAGGAGAUGCCCCGGCUGGAAAGCCCCGGCGCGACCCCGAGUCCCAGCAAGAUCAACCUCCGGAAGCGGCCGUCGCGCAACGUUGCCGGCAACACUCCUCAGCAGGCGCUCGCCAGCAGCCUGCAGGCCUCGCCGGACACGUCGUCGGAGCCGUCCGCCUCGCCUACCAAGGCCAAGCGGUCAGCCUGGCCCGAGUCGACGACGGCCGAGGAGUGGGAGAGGUUCGACUACGCAAACUGCUGGAGGCUCGAGGGUCUCUCGGAGGAGCAGAUUGAGCGGCAUCGCAGGAGGGCAGCAGCACGGGCCGGCAAGGACGGCAAAGGCGAAGGCAGCGUCCAGUCUGCAUCCUCGCCGUUCGACGACGAAGGCGACCUGCCGCAGCCGCCCGAGCCGUCAGCGUGGGACGAGGCGACGUGCAGGGAGAUCGAGAGCGAGUACUGGCGCAGCCUCAACUUUGGCAAGCCGCCCAUGUACGGCGCCGACCUCAAGGGCACGCUGUUCGACCACCGAACGGCCCGCUGGAAUGUCGGCAAGCUCGACAACCUCCUCACCCGGCUGCGCCUGCGGCGAAAGCUGCCAGGCGUCACCACGCCCUACCUCUACUGGGGCAUGUGGCGGGCGACCUUUGCCUGGCACGUCGAGGACAUGGACCUGUACUCGAUCAACUACCUGCACUUUGGCGCGCCCAAGCAGUGGUACUCGAUCCGGCAGGCGGAUCGCCAGCGUUUCGAGUCGGCCAUGGCCGCCGCGUUCCCGAGCGACUCGCGGCGCUGCCCCCACUUCAUGCGCCACAAGUCGUACCUCGCCUCGCCCUCGUUCCUCGCCAGCCACGGCAUCCGACCGCUGCGCCUCGUCCACAACGCCGGCGAGUUUGUCAUCACCUAUCCGUACGGCUACCACUCGGGCUUCAACCUGGGCUACAACUGCGCCGAGAGUGUCAACUUUGCGCUCGAUUCGUGGCUCGACAUCGGGCGCAAGGCCAACUACUGCCACUGCGACCAGGCGCAGCAGAGCGUGCGCAUGGACGUCGACGCCAUGCUCGAGGAAAGCAAGGAGCUCGAGGAAGUCGACCGGCGCAAGGAGCUGCGUAGGACGCGCGAAGAGGGCCUCCGGGCAGUCGAGGAAGAGGAGCUCGAGAAGCGGCGGAAGCGCAACGAAAAGGCCCGAGAGGCGCGCAAGCUCAAAAAGGAGAAGGACGCCUUGGCUGCCGCCGCCGCCGCCGCCGCCGCCGAAAUCGACGAGGGUGGCGGAGACAUCAACACUGCGCCAUCGUCCGACGCCUCGCAACCGCCUAGGGCCGCCGAGGAGCUGGCGCUGGCGGCCUCACUCGCCAUGAUGGCCUCGGGAUCGACACCGCAGAAGCCCCCCGCCGCCGCCGCCGGUUCGUCUGGGGAGAAUCCGUGCGUGUUCUGCCCAUCGCAGAUCCGCGACGACCUGGUCCGGAUCCCGGACACUGUCGAGGCGACCGGGCCGAGGGGCAAGCCGUUGGUCGGCAAGUUUGCGCAUCGCCUUUGUGCCAGCUUCAUCCCCGAGACCUGGGUCGGCCGGUCCGACGACGGUAAGCACGACAUCGUGUGCGGCGUCGACGGCAUCGAGAAGGCCCGCUACUCUCUCAAAUGUCAAAUCUGCCCAACACCGGCGCUGCAAAAGAUGGGCGCCAAGAUCCAGUGCACGCGCGGCCGGUGCCCCAAGUCGGUCCACGUCAGCUGUGCGCUGAUCGAGGAGCAUGGCUGGUUCAUCGACGUCUGCACUGCCGAGGUGGCCGAUCGCCUCGAGGCCAAGGAUGGCGUCGCCAAUGGCCCCGGAAAGGCAUCCAAGAAGAAGCGCAAGGGCGCUCCGUCGUCGGAGCCGUCAUCCGAGUCGCAGCCGCACCAGCAAUCGGAGCAUGGCCCCAGGGACGACGAAGAGAGGCUGGUCGUGCUCUGCCGCAGCCACAAUCCGCUGUUCAAGCAGGCCGAAGAGGCGCGCAAGGCCGAGGAGCUGCGCGACAGGAUCCUCGAGCUGCCCAUCCCGUCGGUCAUCAAGAUCAAGUCGUCCGGCGGCGUGUUUGAGGCGACAAUGACCGAGGUCAGGGACCUUCCCGACGGCCAGGGCGAGGUCGUCAUCGACGAUCAGGGCAGGCCACGCAGCGUCAAGUUUGGCCGGAUCUUGUUCGACGAGAAGCCGCCGUCACCGCCUGCGCCGCCCGCAGAGGAGCUCGAGCCCGUCGGUAAAAAGGAAACGGCAGCACCGCCGACGACAGUCGAAGCUGCCAAGACGCCGAGUUCGAAGCCGGCUCGCAAGCGCACCGCCACGGCCAAGGCCGCCGCCGCAGCUGCCGCCGCUGCCGCCGAAGCCAAGAUCGAAACUGAUGGCGAAGCCGCAAAGGUGGAAGAGCUCGCCGCUGCUGAAGGUCGGCCAGUCAAGCGUGCACGAAAGGCGAGCAAGAAGGCCGAGGCUGCCGCGGCCACUAACGCCACGGUGGAUGAGCUCGUGUCCUCGAGCAAGCCCACGCCUGUCCGCAAGCCUCGCGCCUCGACAGGAAAGAAGACGUCGGCCGCUAAAGCUUCGGGACCAGCCGCUGCAGCGAACACCGAAUCGACAAGCCUCGCCGAGCGCACCAACGCCAAAGGCGAGCCUGUGCUAUCGCAAGGCGAGGCCGUCGGCCUGCAGCAGCAGCAACAAGAACAGCAGCAGCAGACCGAUCCUGGCGCGAUUCCUAGCCCCGGGCCGGGCCCAGCCGCUGUUGCGCCAGGAGCGCCGGACUACGCCAGCCGAGGUCCUCGCCAGGCCUAUCACCUCGCGCAUCCCGGCGCUCCCUCUGCCCCCGUCUAUCAGAAUGGCUCGUCGUUCCCGCAAUUCGGUCAGAGGUUCGGUGGUUCCUAUGGCCAGCCGCCUUCGGUACUCUACGAUCCUCGCAGCGGGCAGGGUGCCAUGCCCCCUGCGGCCGACUAUGGAGCUCCCCAUCCAGGCUACCCGGCCCAUCAGCAUCAACCGCACCAGCCACAGCAGCCGCCGCAGCAGCUUUACCACGGCUACCGCCAUCCCGCUGCGCCGGCGCACGACUGGCAGCACUAUGAGCAGAUGCAGCAGCAGCACUACCAACAGCAGCAGCAACCACAGGCGCCGAUGUACGCACAUGCCCGGUAUGCUACGGGCGCGAUGCCGAUGCAGUACCGUCAGAGCCCGCAUCAGACGCCGGUCACACAGUCGUCGCCCCUGCCGCCGCCUCUGACGAGCCGGACGUCUUCACAGAGCGACUCGACGGUCACGCUACCCAGCUCGACAGUCGUCCCUCGGACGGGAAAGCCUGAACAGAUUUACGGCGGCGGCUACGAGCACAGCCCAGAGCAUAUCUACAGCGAGAGCCGCGCCUACGCCGGCAGCGAUCCGCGUGGCAUGCUGCCACAGCAGACCUACGUCCAUAGCCCGGCCACGCACACUGCCAGCCUCCGGUCGGGUGCGCCGCAGUAUGCCGACUCGCCGUCGAUGUACCCGUACCAGCACCACCAGGAGCGACGGAUGUUGCCGAGCUACCGCGAGGCGCUGGUGCAGCUGCCGGCGCUGUCGAGCUUCGCGUCAACGCGCGAUGCCCCGCAGGCCGCUGCCCUUCCGCCGCAGUCGCAGCAGCACCACGCCUCUCAGGACGUCUAUCAGUCCCCCGCCGGGGCUCCUUCGGCUUCCGCCUCGGCCGCCGCUCGCCCUCGAGGCUUGGCUCAGGCCGGCUACGGACCAGUUGCAGUCCCCUCGCGCUCGCAGCCGGUGUCCGGACGCGGCAGUGGCGGCGGCUAUCCCGCCACGGCGUACGAGCCACAGCCUGGGUACUACCCGUCGCUACCCCCGCAGCAGCAUUCGCAGUCGCAGGCGAUGGACGCAUCUCCCUUGUCUCCCGGUGCGGCCAGCUUCUCGCGGGGACAUCCGGCCUAUGCCGCCCGCGUCCCGGACCACUCGCCCACGCACUACGGACACGGCCAUCCCGAGCAGCAGCCGCAGCACCAUCACCAUCAUCAACAGCAGCCGCUCGCGACUUACAUGCCGGCCGCGACCUCGGCGAGCCCGCACCAUCAAGACCUCGCUCACGAGCACGCUGCCCUACACGCUCGUGGAUACUCGAUGCAGAAUGCAGGCGCCGCAACACCGACCUACUCGCAGCACGCUUCGUUGGCCACACCGACCGGGGCUAUGCAGCAGGCAUACCCUACGGCCCAGCACCAGCCAGUCGAGACGUCGUUCAUCCACCGCUGA